UCUUUUUGCCCCCCGGGAAAAUAUUUAUUUACAAACUGGUCUCCUCCCAACUCCGUCCCGACACUGCAAAGCAAACACCGCCGAAGGCCCCGUCUCUCGCGUUGCUCCAUCUCUCCCUAUUUAUGCGCCACCAUCCCUUCUCCUCUUCACCAACCUAACCCUCUCCUUCUCCCGAGGAAUCAACCAACCCUAGUGGCUCUGCCAACCUCUCUGAUGCCCAAAAUUUGGGAUCUUUAGUGGUAGUUUUAUUGGGACGUGAGCUUUGGGUCGUGGGGAGUCAGGGAUGGAUCUGGCGGCGCGGGAGAUGUGGCCGUUUCCGAUGCUUGGGGGAGCGAGGACUGUGGAUGAGUAUACUGUCACUGAGCACAGCGGUGGUGGUGGUGGUGGUCGGACUAGACGGAAGCGGAAGGAAUCGGUGUCGGAGGAUGAGUCUUCGAAGCUUGUAUCGACUAGUAGCGGGAAUGAACUGACGGAUUGUGAAGGUAAAAGGGCAAAAAAGAUUAUGAAAUCUAGGGUUGAGAAUGACAAUUCAAAAACUGAGACUGAGGCUAGUUCGGGCAACUGUGACAAGCCGGUAGAUCAAAAUGCGCAAUCCUCUGAACCACCCAAACAAGAUUACAUUCAUGUGAGAGCAAGAAGGGGCCAAGCAACUGAUAGCCACAGUCUUGCUGAGAGAGCUAGAAGAGAGAAGAUAAGUGCGCGGAUGAAAAUCUUACAAGAUCUUGUACCUGGAUGUAACAAGGUAAUUGGCAAAGCAUCAGUUCUUGAUGAGAUUAUCAAUUACAUCCAGGCAUUGCAGCGCCAGGUCGAGUUCCUUUCAAUGAAGCUGGAAGCUGUAACGUCUCGAAUGAAUUCAAGCAUUGAAAGCUUCCCUCCCAAAGAUUUUGGACCACAAGCAUAUGAUACUGCUCCUAGUUUGCCAUUCGGAACUCAAGCGAGGGAGUACGAUCAAGGAUCAACUCCAGAAUGGCUUCAUAUGCAGGUUGGUGGUGCAUUUGAGAGAGUCACAUAGCAUCAACCGAAAAAUUCGUCAUUCCUCAGACAAUAAAACUAUGCAGUAGUCAGGACGAAGUUAUUCCGAUCAUUUUCAGUUUGUUCUUCCAUGCAUUUCUGUCACUAUGGAGCCAUUCAUUACCAUGGUUUUGUAUGUUCAUGUUCCUGAACAUUAGUCAAUAUCCAUAUUGUUGUAGCAUUGGGGAAACCAAGUUACUUCCCUUAUUCCAAUUUUAUGGGAUUUCUAGUUACCAAACAUGCAUGUUCUGUAAACUGAUGUUAAUGUAUUCUGUUGAUUUAUCAACAUUAAUUUAUCAUCGCCUCGUUGGUUGAUGAAGCCCAUUCAAGAUGUUGGUUUUUAUUUUUAA